AUGGAUGGAAAUGAAUUUACCAUUCUCCCCAAGGUUGGUCAGUUGUGGGUGAUUUACAGACUUUGGGCUCCUCACUUUGGUGUCGGAGCACUAGACGAACACUGCUUGGACUUUGACAUGGUCCAAGUUCUUGAUGACGCCUUUAACUACAAGGUUUUAGCGCUGGAGCAAGUCUUGGUUACUAGUGAAGAGAAGAAUAAGUUCUUUAGAGCGGCUAAGAGUAGGCCAUCUUAUUGUUAUGAUGAGGAUGGGCCAGGAGUGAUAUUUACAAUCCCACAGUCGAAAAUGCUCAGAUUCUCUCAUCCGAUUCCUGCUUCCCCUGUAACCAAAGAGGGAGACGAUCACUUGAUAGAUCGAAUAAACAGGAGAGAGCUUCAAUGGAGAAGUUCUUCUAUAAGUCCCAAAAGCGGUAAGCCCUCUUUCAUCUUCUUCUCUCCUUCCUUGCUUGUUUGUCUGUUACUCUACCCUGUUUACCUCUUGGAACGCAGUAGCUUUUGUAAGGAAGUUAAAAGUUUCGAUUUUUGUAGUAAUCUUAUCAAGUUACGUGUCGCUUCUAGGUCAGUUCGAGAAGGAGGAGUAGUUAUCAGAGGGGAAGAUAGGAUAAGCUUAUUACCUGAACCGUUGUUAUGUCACAUACUCAGCUUUCUCACCACCGACCAAGCGGUUCGGACAAGUGUUUUGUCCUCAAGAUGGAGACAUAUCUGGAGAUGGGUCCCUAGGUUAGAACUAGACAGCUUUGAUUUCACAAACGACAAAGUCUGUGUGGAGUUCAUCGACAAGUUUCUUGCUUUCCAAGGCAAGUACUACUUGCGUGAGUUCAAAUUAACCAUUGACCACGAUUUCUUCGAUGGUGAGGCUUGUCUCAGUAUAGUGGAUAUGAGGAAGCUUGAACGUUUCCAAGUCGAGAACCGGUUUAGACUCAAUAGCAUAUUUUACAUAGCGACACCCUUAAAGCUUUCCUUGUGUGAGGCAUUGGUCUGCUUAAAGCUCCAAUUUGUUAGGCUGUAUGAUUUGAAGUCUCUUUCCUUGCCCUGUCUCAAGAUCAUGUUCCUGGAAGACGUUGUUCUGCCUAGCGACGCGGCUGCAGAGGAGUUGAUCUCUUGCUCGCCGGUUCUAGAAGUUUUGAAGAUAUGCCUGAGUAAAGAUGAUUUCGUGGUAGCUUUACGUGUCUGCUCACUGUCACUAAAGAGCUUCACUUUAAAACGAGCGGAACCUGUUCAUGCUGAUGCUCGUGCUGUUAUACAUUCAGUUGUGAUCGAUACCCCAAAACUCGAGUAUCUGAGUCUCAUGGAUUACUACGAACUCGUAAGCUUCGAAAGCUUUGAGAUAAUCAGUAUGGCUGAGUCUGUCAAAGUUAAUUUAGAUUUCAAUUUUGUGAUGACAAGAGAGUACUUUUCGGGCAUGGAAAUCCUCUACAAUCUUCUCAAGAACUUUUCACGUGUUGGAGAUGUGACCAUGUCAUGGAGAACUCUGCAGUUUAUAUAUGUCCUCUAUCAUAAGGAUCCACUCCCAAAAUUUCAUGCCUUGACCCGUUUGCGUGCCACUAUGUGCUUAAACACAUUGCCUGAUCUGUUGCCAAUUGUUCUUGAGACCAUGCCGAACCUGAAACACUUGUCAUUGGUAACAAUUUGCUUAAACGAGCUGUUUCGUGAUUUAUGGUUGGGAAGGUUGUCUGAAUUCUCCACUGUGCUGCCUCGUUGUUUGGUAUCGUCUCUUGAAUCUGUUGAAAUGGAAAGCCCGGUCACGGAGAUAGCUACUGAAUUGUAUUUGGCUAGAUACUUUAUGAAGAACUCUACAACACUCAAGAAGCUCGUGCUACGUUUGAAUCAGUCUUCAACUGGAGAGAAACACAAGCCUGGUGUCUUGGAACAACUCAUUAAAUCUCCAAGACGCUCUACUUUGUGUCAGUUGGAAGUUAUUACUGUGGUUCCAGCGUCUGAGGAGGAUGUCUAUGUAAAAUCCAAUAGGUUCUAGAGCUGGAUUUAAAUAAGUGUAAACAUAUGCAAAGUAUGGCUUAAGACUCCAUUUGGUUUGGUUGAAUGUUUUUUGAGUACCUUUAUAAUUUAGGGAUUAACCGAGGGUUCUUAGCGGAAAAAUUCGUUUUUACAGUAUAAGUGUAAUGAGAUUCGGUUUUGGUAGGAAAAUUCGUUUUGCGAUUUUGACGGAAAAACUUGAUUUUACGGUAUUGGUGGGAUUUUUUUUUUUUUUUUUUGCGGUUUUGACGGAAAAUUCUAUUUUUGUGGAUUUUAGCGGGAAAACUUAAUUUACAGUUUUGGUGGAAAAUCUUGUUUUACUGUUUUGGUGGAAAGACGAAAAAUCUCAUUUUGGCAAGAAAUCCUGCUUUUUCGGUUAGCGGAAAAUCUUGAUUUUUUUUGUUUCAGUGAAAAGACUCAAUUUUACAAUUUUCUAAGAAAAAUUCAUUUUUGA